AUGGCCUCCACGGGGAACCUAUCAGAAGAGCAAGUCCACUGCUCCAUCUGCUUAGACGUCUUCACCAACCCCGUAUCCAUACCCUGCGGACACAACUUCUGCCAAAACUGCAUUCUGGGAUACUGGAAGACCUCUCCAUUGUACCAGUGCCCCAUGUGCAAGAAGUCCUUCCAAAAACGACCAGAUAUCAGUGUGAAUACAGUUCUGAGAGAGAUCGCGGAGCAGUUCAAGCAGAUCAGAGUUAAAAAAGAGGUCCUCUGCGAUGUUUGCUUAGGAGAAGGUAGACCAAAAGCUAUCAAAUCUUGCUUGGUUUGUCUAACUUCUUACUGUGAGGAACAUCUGAAAUCACACGCGACCAGGUUCACGAAGCAUAAGCUAAUCGAGCCUGUCGCUAACAUGGAAGAUCGCAUGUGUCCCAAACAUGAGCGCUUGCUGGAGCUGUAUUGUAAGAAAGACCAAACCUGUGUCUGUGUUCUCUGCACGGAGACUGACCACAGAGCUCACUACACUGUACCAGUGGAGAGGGAGUGGACGGACAAGAAGGCGCUGCUGAAAAGGACAGAGAUGGAGGUUCAGCAGAUGAUCCAAGAUCGAGUGAAGAAAGUGGAGGAGAUCAAGCACUCGGUGGAGCUCAACAAAGUGAGUGCCCAGAAGGAGGUGGAGGAGAGUGUGCAGGUUUUCUCAGACCUGGUGCGCUCCAUCCAGAGGACCCAGGCCGAACUGGUGAUGGUGAUCGAGGAGAAGCAGAGGCAGACUGAGCAGUGGGCUGAGGGACUCAUCAACCAUCUGGAGCAGGAGAUAUCCGAGCUGAGGAGGAGGCACGGAGACCUGGAGAAUGUGGCACGAACUGACCACAUAAAUUUUCUAAAGAAUUUCCCGGCCCUGAGCUGCCCUCCUGUGGUCAGAGACUGGUCUGACACUCGUGUUCCCACUGACACGUGUGUGGGGAUGAUCCGUAGGUCUGUGUCUAAACUGGAGUCGACUCUCAACGAAACCAUCCACAAACUCAUAGACAGCGAGAUCAAAAAGAUCCAGAAGUACACAGUGGACGUGACACUGGACCCGGACACGGCGAACCCCUGGCUGCAGCUGUCCCAGGACCGUCGACAGGUGCGGCAUUUGGGGGCUUGGCAGGACCUCCCCGAGCAACCUGCCCGCUUCGACACCGUGGUCAUCGUCCUCGGCAGGUGCGGUUUCAGUUCAGGACGCCAUUACUGGGAGGUACAGGUCGGAGACAAGGAUGACUGGUACCUGGGCGUGGCUAAAUCCUCCGUCAACCGCAAAGGCAGGAUUUCGGUUAGUACAGCGCAAGGCUACUGGGCUCUGGCCAUGAAAAAGAGCCAAGGUUACCGCGCGUCCACCACCCCCCCACUGCUGCUCAGCCUGGACCAGAAGCCCAAGAGGAUUGGGGUGUACGUGGACUACGAAGAGGGGCAGGUUUCGUUUUAUGACGUGAAAAACAGAACGCACAUUUUUACAUUUAAAGAUUCGUUCACGGAGAAGAUCUUUCCGUUUUUUUACCUGUAUUGCUGUGAUAAGGCAUCUGAUACUAUGGUCAUCGGCCCUGCGCCAGAGAGGGGACAGAGCAAGAGCUAAGAAGAGAAACUAUCAACAAACUA